CGAAACUGGUAACGCGUUAAUGAAUCAGCGAUGUGCAAUUGCAUAUAUACUAUAGAAGACCACAAAGCAUAUCCUCACUCAAAUGUACAAUCCAGCACAACACUGCUUUCCGAUGUAAGUGUGUGGAAAAUAAUGGCGAGUUGCAUGUAAGCGAGCGUUUGAAAUAGCAUAGGAAGGCAUGUGUUUUACACAAUGUCUACUAGAUAUUUUGAAUACAAUUACGAAGCGGAUUUGGAUAGGUUCACGCAAGUUGCUGGCGACAAGAUGUUUAAUUACCGUGUACGAAAUAUAAAUCCAAAAUACGACCAAGUUCAGUACGAUGGAGAAGAUACAGUGCUGAACACAAGCGCGUAUAAAUGUGAGCGCGUAUUAAGAACAAAUAGGAGCAGAGAUAAAGAUUCAAUGGGUCCACCUUCGGUUUGUCGAUUAUCCCCACACGGGUUCACCUAUCGCAGCGCAUCUAAGGAGAAAGGCUUGCAGAAUCGAAAGCGGAGCAUCAAUUUGGUAGAGGAACCCACCGGCAAUACACAGACAUCAGAUAAUUAUGACCUAGCUUCCCACCAUAUGGCGUGGUUCGAUCAUGAGGAAGUCAUUGCCAUAAUUCUCCGCCAUGGCCGCAAUAGUAAAACUGACGAGCUUCUCUGCCCCUUGAAUAUUUUGAGAGAGGUUCAAAUUAACCUUGUGGUCUCUAUCGCCCUUCAUGAGUUACCAAGUAAAAAGUUAUUUGAUUCUUGUCUGCGAAGUCCAGAGAAAGCUGCUUGUGCAAUCCGUUCUUUUACCGAAGGUUCGAGGCUAGGGUGCGUGUCAAAGCUGUCGAAGCUUUACGUGGGUUGGUGGAAUACUGCAUACAAUUGCACAGGCACAGAUGUUGUGCGUGCAAUAGUAGCUGAUUUAUUGGAGAAUCCUAUGGCUGUAAACCAUCAGCAACAUGUAUUAAACGACGCCUUAUCCGAUGUCAGUGUUUCUAAAGUACGCAUUUCAAAAAUCAACGUGAAGAGUGCAGUACAUCGUACAUCAUCGAUGGUACAUUCUGUUGCGAAGGCCUCAAAGAAGGCAGUUCGGGCAUGUAGGCAGCGAUCUCACCCAGGCACACGACAAAAUACUCAACGGCGUGCUUCAAUUAGACUUGCACAAUCCGGGAGAAGAGCAACUGAUUUCGGUAGGCAAAUUCAGUCGAGGUCUAGCUGUCCAGCACUUAUGCAAGACAUAGAUCUUUACAACAACCAGCAAAACAUUUAUCCAGUGAAUACAGAGAACUCUAGCGAGGGCAGCGGAACGGGGUAUGCAUUUAGUGAGACCAUUACGGACGGAGAGCGUGACUAUUUUGACUGGUUGGAAAUAGACAGACGCUAGAGAUACACCUGGAACGCAGCGUCUCAUUCUGGAAGUGAAUAAUGCAGCGCUUGUCGAAUUUCAAGAUGAAAUUAUUAUUUUUUAAUAUCAAGAAGAAUUUUUAACUACCAAUAACGGGUAUUUCGUACGGUCGUAAUCAACCGUGCACUAGCAAGCAAAACGGAAAUCAAUAGCAACAGGCCUAUUGUUUCAAUAAAUAAAAGUUGCGAUGUGAAGCUUGUUUCAUAAGGUACCACACGACUUAAACAUACUUAUGUGUAUUCGUAUAUAAACGUAUUCGUAUAUAUAAGACAAAAUAUAUCGUUGUAAAUAAACAAGAUGCAAUUCAGUUGCAACAGGCCU